AUGGGCUGUGGACUCGGCUGCAACUUGACGGGCUGGGGUGUGGGGGCUCGAUCCAACAGUGGCUCUGCUGCCGUCAACGCCAACACGGCCCCCAUCCCCCAGCAAAAUGCCAUCACCCGGCCAAUAAGAACAGAAGACAGGUCCUGCAGACAGCCCCGGUUUGGUCGUCGCGGUGCCAUGGAAGCGAAUCCAAGCAAGCAAGCAGAACGAGCAACCGAACUCAUCGUCGGUGCCAAGAGAGAGAGUGAGUGUCGAGGACAGCGGCACAGAGCGAGCGGCGCGGCGGAUUUUGAGAGCGUGCGUUUGCGGCAGGGGUUUGAGGACGCCAAGCGAAGGAGGAUGAGUGGCAAUGGGGGCAACGGGGGCGGCGGGAAUGCCGCCGGGAACAGUGGGGGCGGUGGCAACAAUGCGCUCGGGGCGCAGUUUUGUCGAGUCGUGUACGGCAAUGAGGAGAGCGCGCUGAUCAACUUGGAUUGCCGGCUGCGGCACAUUAUGGACUUUUUGGCAGACUUGUUGGACAUGGAGGCGACGGCACAGUUGGAUCUAGCCUCGGAGCGGGGAAGACUGUGCGAUGUGCCAGGCCAGGCCGAUAUGGAUGCGCGUGGUACGAGCGCCUUCAAGGCCAAGGCCGUCUAUGUCCCCGUGCUGUACACGCAGGGUGUAUCGCCCAAACUGGGUGACUCGCUGGGCUCCAACACUGGCAGCCAGGUGCCCUCGCGACCAGGCUCUUCACGCUCCCUGGUGGGGCGACAGGCCAGCAACGGCAAACAGCGCCGUGGUGACGCCGAGGAUGGCGGUGGAACAAAGGGAGGCGGUAAUUCGGACGAUCAGGGCAAGCGCAUUUACAACAUUCUGUGUGACGCGACCUAUCUGCAGACGGUUUGCCCGUCCUUUGAACUGACCCUCUCCAACGGUGGCAAGAUCAAGAAGCAACACAUCCGUCGUUGA